AUGGUUCCUCGGUCGCAAAGCUGGUUCUGCCCAUGCUCGUGCAUAACAGGGUCGUCCGACUCUGAGCAAGAACAUCAUCAGCAGCAGUCCAAUCCCAGCAGACCUCCGCAUACCGGCCAGAACAAUGGGCAUGAGAUGAGUCGUCCUCCUGCUGGCGGUCGAAAAUACAUGAAUGGCGUGUAUUAUCCCAGUUGGCUGGUAUACAGGGGCAAGACGCCGGCUACUCUUGACGUUGACAAUAUUACACAUGUCUUUUACGCGUUCAUCGGUGUCAAUGAAGAUGGCUCUCUUCGGUGGAUCGAUGAGCACGCCGAUGCAGUGAAAGACGUUGACGGAGAAAAAGGCGCUCUGGCCGCCCUGGCAAAGCUCAAGCGCAAGCAUCCUAGGCUGAAGACCAUUGUGUCCAUUGGAGGAGGCACCGCCAGCAAGGAGUUUCCCGCGUUGGCUGCCAGCUCCAAUGCGCGGGAGAGGUUUGCGAAGGAGGCCCGCGAGUUUUGUGAUCGUCAUGGGCUCGAUGGGAUUGACAUUGACUGGGAGCAUCCGAAGAAUGAGGAGCAGGGUCGUGAUUAUGUGAAGCUCCUCAGGGAGUGUCGCAGAGCUCUGCCCGAGCCAAACUAUCUCCUUACCACUGCUCUUCCCGUUGGACGGUAUAUCCUCAAAUACAUCGAUCUGGAUGCCGUGUCAAGAAUCAUCGACUACAUCAACCUCAUGGCAUACGACUUCACCGGCUCUUGGACCAAAGUAUGCGGCAACCACGCACAGCUACACUCCCCCGGAACCAGACUCCAGUCUACGCACUCAGAACUUCAGGCGUGCGGCACCGACGGGGUUGAGUACUUCCUCUCCAGAGGCUUCCCCAGUCGAAAGCUUGUCCUCGGGAUUCCCGCCUACGCACGAUACUUUCCUCGUGCACAAGGGCCCGGAUGUUCUACAGAGAAGGCGGGCGAGAUGGACUACUGCGAGAUACCGGACGAGUGGGUGAGGGAGGCGGUGGUGGACGAGGGAGCGGUGGCGGCGUGGUAUGUGGAUGCGAACGGGGGCAAGGGGUAUCUCACGUUUGACGUGCCGAGGACGGUGCAUAUCAAGGCGAGGUUUGCGAUGCAGAGGGGGCUUGGGGGGUUGUUUUACUGGACGGGGACGGGGGAUAAGGGGGAGGGGCUGAGCUUGGUGGCUGCUGGGCGGAGGGGGCUGGAGUCGUCGUAA